AUGAUUAUUCUAACUUUUUUAAAUAUAUGUAGUAUUAACUGCAUCCUUUAUAGUUUUACUGCAGAACAUCAAUAUGUCCUGAUUGAAAUUUUUAGUGAAGCAUGGACAUUUAUGAAAAUAGAAGUAGCUGAAGAAUAUGUAAUCCAAAGUUCACUUUAGAAAAAUUACACAUAAUACUUACAAAUGUAUUAUCAAGUUGAAUAGGGUAAAUAAUAUGAUUUGGACAUUUUUAUUUAACCUGAGGAUACGUAUAAAAUAAAUCAAGUGGAGAAAAGGGAUUGUCCUAACAAUUGCUCUUAAAAGGGUUUAUGCUAAAAGUUAGAAUGCCAAUGCUUUGAAUUUAUAGCAGGGUAAGAUAUGGGCAAAAAUAUUUCUAGCGAUAGAUGUUAAUAUGAUAUUGAGCCAAUUUUUGAUAGAAGUACUUAUAAUAUUGAAAUGAUACCUUUUUAAAGUAAAAUAAUUGCAAUUUAUUUGCAAUAGGAUGACAUUGUGGAUGAUUAGUAGUAUUAUUUUUUAUGAAAAUUGAGGUAGAUAAGGAACGUCAGGUUUACCGUGAGUCCUUCAAUUAAUGCAACAAUUUAUUUUUUGUUUCCAUUUGAAAUACCUUACAAAUCAUUAAAAAAUAGUAAAUUAGUAUUUGAUGGGAUAAUUGAUUAAGAAGGUUAAGAAAUAGAUUUUUCUAAUAAAUUUGAAUCUUAUCAUUUAAGAUCUGCCAAUUAUUCAUUUGUCUUUAUGCUAUAAAACCCAUACUUUUUAACACUAAACUUUACCAUUAAAUCUGAAUUGAUAGAUAAUGAUAAUUAAUUUUAAGACUUUAUACUAGUAAUAAUAUUGAGCAUAGUGUCAUUUAUAAUAUUAUUGGUUAUUAUUUAUAUAGUUAAAAAGCGAUGUUAAUAUAUGUAAGAGAAAAAGCAGAAAGGUAAUUAAAGCCUGAAUUCAUAGAAGGGAUUAUUGCAUCUAAUGGGAAUAGUGGAUCCAGCAAAAGAUCAAGAAUGCAUCAUUUGUUUAGACCUUUUAGAUUAAAAACCAUGCAGGAUCACACCGUGUAAACAUACUUUACAUGAAGUUUGUUUAAACUAAUGGCUGCAAAAACAAUAAAAUUGUCCUAUUUGCAGAGAAACCUUUCUUGAUGAAGAAGGAUAUCCAAAAUAUGUUAAGACUAGAAAUUAGACAACAACUUUUUUAAAUCAUCAUAUAUCUUAAUAUGGAAUUCAGUGA